GUUGUCGUUCAGACCAGUGAGAGGCAAGUCCAGUGAAGGCGGAGGUAGUAGUAGUUGUUGUUGAUGAUUUGAAACCCGUACUUAGCAUCUUUUUUAUUAUUUAUUUGCAUUAUUUACGUGUAAAAGCCAAAAUGGGAAGCACGGUGAUGGAAACGAGCAAAGACAGCUCAAAGAAAAUGCCCAAAAGGAAAAGAAGUCUGCGGAUUAACAUGCCAGAAAUUGGUGCGUUUGGAUUCACGCAAACGGAAACGAGCAGCUCCUCUAAAAGUGCCACUCAGGGAGAGCGUCUCAUCCGAUCGGCGAGCCCCGUCAAGUCGCCGGCGGUCGGUUCCCCGGGUAACGCCUCCGCUCUCGUCCCCAGCCCCCAGUCCGCUCCCGCACAGCCGAAGUCGGGCUCCCUCACACCGAGAAGCAUUUUCCCCUUCCCCUCGAACAACACGGCGUCACCCAAAUCCCCCCGCCGCCUCAGCUUCAGUGGUAUCUUCCGUUCAUCCGGCGGCGCAUCACCUUCAGCGAGCAUCAAGAUCUUUAGGAAUAAGAAGGCUUCUGGUAUCCCCACGCCCCCUGCCACACCUACGCAAGCGUCCAGCCAGCCCAUCUUCACCCCGGGGACCCAGCAGAGCAGUGGACCAAGCCCGGAGAGACUGGAGCCCCCCACGCGCCUUCGCUCCCUCUCCAACCCCCCUGACACGGGCCAACGCCUCAGCCUCUCCUCCUCCAAACCACCGAUUCCUUCAUCGUACUCUACCUCACAACAAGUAUACGGUUUGUUCGAAGGCAUGCUGGAGAAACUUGAACUCGAUGAUGAUGCUGCUGAACCAGAAAGUGAUAUUUACAUGCGCUUUAUGAAAUCCCAUAAGUGCUACGACAUCGUUCCCACAAGUUCCAAGCUGGUCGUCUUUGAUACGGCUCUCCAAGUUAAAAAAGCAUUCUUUGCUCUAGUGGCAAAUGGGGUACGUGCCGCUCCACUAUGGGACACGGAAAAGCAAAGUUUUGUUGGAAUGCUGACAAUCACAGACUUCAUCAUUAUACUACACCGGUACUAUAAGUCUCCUUUGGUUCAAAUAUAUGAAUUGGAGGAACAUAAGCUUGAGACGUGGAGAGAGGUUUACCUUCAAGCAACAUUCAAACCAUUGGUCAACAUAUCUCCUGAAGCAAGCCUUUUUGAAGCAGUGUACACACUCAUCAAAAACAAAAUCCACCGUCUGCCUGUCAUCGACCCAGUCACUGGGAAUGCACUUUAUAUUCUCACACACAAACGGAUCCUCAAGUUUCUUCAGCUUUUUAUGCGUGAAAUGCCAAAGCCAGCCUUUAUGAAGCAGUCUCUGGGAGAUUUGGGCAUAGGCACGUAUCGUGAGAUUGCCUUCAUCCACCCAGACACUCCCAUCAUCAAAGCACUCAACAUCUUUGUGGAGAGGAGGGUGUCUGCGCUGCCUGUGGUCGAUGAGGCGGGCAAAGUCGUGGACAUUUACUCCAAGUUUGACGUCAUUAAUUUGGCUGCUGAGAAAACCUACAACAACCUGGACAUCACAGUUACCCAGGCUUUGAAACACCGCUCCCAGUACUUCGAAGGAGUCGUCAAGUGCCAUAGGAUGGAGACACUGGACACCAUUGUGGACAGAAUCGUCAAAGCUGAAGUGCAUCGGCUGGUGGUGGUGGAUGAACACUCCAACAUCGAGGGCAUCAUCUCCCUGUCAGACAUCCUCCAGGCCCUGGUGCUCAGCCCGGCAGAUGCACGUAAGGAGGAGACUGUAACGGAAUGAGCUGGCGUGGUGGGAGUACUGCUGAUCGAAGGUUGUAUUUGGGAACUAGAGGCUGAGCAGAGUCAGAUCGGACAUCCCGGAGGUGCCUGCAACACUGAGAUGCACUAUAGAGGCUGGGAAACCAAAGAGUUAGUGAGGAGGGGGUUCCUGCACUGAAGACAGUCUUGCAGUUUGGACACUGAUGCGCGUGCAGACAGUAUACUGUAUAUAUACUGUACAUAGGCCACACUGGAUCACACGAGGGCUCUGCGUGCUGUGAGGGGGCUCGUUUUGGCACGGUCCACCUUUUUUAUACCAAAAUAAUACUGUGUUGUACAGAUGAGGUUCAGGUGUUCUUGGAAAAUGAUACAUGAGAUGAGAAAAAUGCUGUUCAGAACGGGAUAAGAAUAUAGAAUCCCCUUCGUCAAGUAGCCAUCUUUUAUAUUUUUUUAAAUGUUUAUUGCAACUCUGUACUUUCUCUUUUGUUUUUUUGGAUUAGACUAGAUUUUUUGUGUCUAGGACAGAACAUCAGUAGCAUCUAUAAAAGUCUGGUGACCCCUUGUCUUUGGUUUAUAUAAUUUUAAAAUAUUAUACACCUCUAGUGCUGCUAUCUUUAUCUUGCACAGACAAAUGCCAGCUCACGAGGCGCGGUUUGAUUUGGGCCGUACCAAAUACUGUACUUGGAAUAAACAAGACCAUAGAUAUGCAUACACUCACCUGCCCGGGGAAGGCAGGGCGAGUCAAGACGGGUAUAAUUAUAAUAUAAUGAGGGCUACGGAGAGAGUUGUGUAGUUGGUUUUUCUUCUGCUGCUGCUGAUUUUUGUUCAUUUGUUGUCAAUGAUACAGAUGCAAAUCACACUUCACCUGCCGCAUGACUCUCUGUUUCAAACUUUUAUAAGGCCAGGGACUCGGAAUUAAAGGUAAAACAAACUCAACCUAAACAAAUGAAUGCGUUUAAAUUUGUAAAACUAGACUGAACUGCAGGCUGGUUGCUGGGAACGUUCAUUCCUAUUGGCAUCACUGUCUAGAUCUAUGUAUUUGGAGGUCCCUGGACCCCAGUUUGAUGAAUGUGGCUCUACGGAGCUGACGCCCCCGUUUUUAUUUGUGCCUUAGCUGCCCCCAUUUCACAUAAACAGUAUUGAUAUUUAUCUUUUGUCAAAUUGGUGUAAUGAUUUUGCUUUAUUUUGGAACAAAUGAAUGUGCAUAAUGCAGAUAUUAGAUGGUGGAAUGUUACCUUUAUUUAUGCAAAUUAAUAUUCUUGGCUGGUAUCGUCUUUGACCAGUGAAAAUGGACACUAUGGAUGAAACUUUAUAUAAAUGAUUCUAAUGUAACAGAAAUGGAAACGCGUGUCAUAUCACAAAGCUCAUCUCUUCCUCGGAUUGUAAAUAGGAUUGUUUUGGGGUUAAAAUGUUGCAGAAAGCUUUAUUUUUAUGAAUGUUUAAAGAUCGCAGCUUUAAUGUUUAUCCUUUUGUAAAUACACUGUAUAAAAGUAAUUCAAAGAAACCUUCAAAUGACGUACUGUAACGCAAGCAUGAGAAAAGACACUUCAGCCGUAUGAAUGUUUUGUUUGACUUAUGAUUUUUGUGGCAGCGGAAAAUAAACAGACACUGAAUGUACAA